AUGCUCACGCUGCACAAGUCAGAGCCGGAGAUGUACACGGACACUUUCAUCGCCGCCCUCGUCGCCGUGAGUCUCGCACGCACAAGCACAACACAUGCUUCCAUUCUCAAGCUCUACCACGUGCUCGUCAACGCACACGUCAUCAACCGCGACCCGGCCACGUGGGGCCCGGCGCCGGACGAGUUCAGGCCAGAGAGGUUCGAGCACGGCGCCGUGGACGGGAAGCUCAUGAUAUCCUUCGGGAUGGGCCGCCGCAAGUGCCCCGGGGAGAGCCUCGCCAUGAGGACCAUGGGCCUGGUUCUUGGCACGCUCAUCCAGUGCUUCGACUGGAAAAGGGUUGGGGAUGAAGACGUCGACAUGGCCGCCAGCUCUGGCACCGUCAUGCUCAAGACUCACCCUCUCGAAGCCCUAUGCACACCGCGACCAGGCUUGCAUGCCCUCCUUCACCAUAUCUGAACAAGCUAGAAAUGCUACUGUAAAAGGAAUUAUAAAAAUAAUGGAAAAAUUUGCUACAUGACACCGGUUAUUUUCUGGUAUUUGCUGAAACACACCGCACGAUUAUGUAUUUGCCAGGUACCAUUACAAUUUUGUGACACAUUUACCAGGACACACCACCAGCCUAAGACGGAAAGUUUUGCACUUUUGCCUGUGGACUGGUUUUGAAGACAAAGUAGAAAGCUUUCCCUUUUUAGCCAGGUGGUGUGUUCUGACAAAUGUGCCAUAGAAUUAUAAUAAUAUCUGGCAAAGACACAAUCGAGCGGUGUGUUUCAGCAAACAUAAAAAAAUAACGGUGUCAUGUGGCAAAUUUUUCCAUAUUUUAUUGGUCAAAUGGUAAAACUUAAAUUUGGUAAUAGAUGUGUGUUGUGUAAA